AUGGCGUCUUCCCAGCCAUUAACCUCGUCAGUGCAACCGACAGAUGUCUAUGGCGGAGAUGAAGUAUCAGCAAUCAUACUCGAUCCGGGCUACUCAAGCGUGCGCGCUGGUUUCGCAGGAGAAGAUGCCCCGAAGUCCUUCAUCAGCUCAUACUAUGGUUUCCAUAAUGACAGACAGAUAUUCGGCGAUGAUGAUACCCAUAAUCCCUUGCCUGGAAUGGAGAUUCGCAAUCCCAUGUCCAAGGACGGAGUGGUGGAAGAUUGGGACGUGGCAAAGUCAUUAUGGCACUACUCUAUUACAUCGCGGCUCGUUCCUAUGAAGCAGACAGACCCACGAACCAAUGGGCUGAACGAUGAUACCAAGGAUAUGGAUGUUGAAAUGGAGGGGACAGAGGAAGAGGAAAAGCCACUGGAGGAGCAUCCGUUGCUUAUGACAGAGACGGCAUGGAAUCCUAGCAAGAACAGAGAGAAGUCAAUUGAGAUCGCGAUGGAGGAAUGGGGCUGUCCGGCCUUCUGGUUACAACGCAAUAGCGUUCUGGCGGCAUUUGCAGCGGGGAAGGCAACAGCACUCGUGGUGGACGUCGGCGCUACGAUAACAUCUGUGGUUUGCAUUCACGAUGGCCUCAUUCUCAAGAAGAGCAUUCAAAAAUCUCCGCUAGCUGGAAAUUGGGUCUCAUCCCAAAUCCGAGCUCUCUGGAACACCAGCGAGCCGAAAAUAGACCUCAUACCACACUUCAUGAUCGCCGCCAAAACACCAGUCGAUGCAGGCGCCCCUGCACAGGCGACAUACCAAAAAUUUGAAAACAUUACGGACAGCUUCCGCACUCGAGAGGAAGAACGGGUGUUGACGGAAUUCAAGGAAUCAGUCGUGCAAGUAUGGCCUGGCCCGGGCCGCUUGAGCUCCCCAAACCCAGCCGGCACUACGAACGUCGACUAUGUCAAAGCCCAGCCGGGGCGCGUUUUCGAGUUCCCCAAUGGCGCAAAUCAGAUGUGGAACGUGGAGCGCAUGAAUGUCGUGGAAGGACUGUGGGAUGAGAAGGCUGCUAUUCCCAUCCCCGGCGAACCAGCCGUGACAAAAGGCCAAACAAUACCAGAGAUGAUCAAGGCAUCAGUUAACGCUGUGGAUAUGGACCUCCGUGCUGCUCUUUUGCAGAAUGUUGUUGUCACUGGUGGGACUACGCUGAUUAAUGGCUUUACGGAUCGGUUGAAUCAGGAGCUCUUGAACAUGUAUCCCGGAACGAGGAUCAAGAUAAAUGCCGCUGGCCUAACCACUGAGAGAAGAUUCGGAAGCUGGAUUGGAGGAAGUAUAUUGGGGAGUUUGGGCACGUUUCACCAGAUGUGGAUUUCGAAGAAGGAAUAUGAGGAGUUUGGCGCCGGCGUGGUAGAAAAACGGUGUAAAUGA